AUGGACAAGGACCGCGGGACAUGGGCAAACGACUGGGGGGACUUUGAGCUCCAAACCCUAACUGGGAAAAGGUGAAAGGAGCCCCCGAAGUCCUGCAUCGAAACAGUCGCUGAUCCAAAACCGGGCACCCGAAGUUGCACAUAAACCGUACUCUCAUUUACUCUAUCUAUACCAUUACUCAGGCGUUAGGCUCUGAGCGCCGUCAGCAGCCCGGCCAACCCCACUCGGUUUCAGCGGCACUAAGGCAAUCCUGUUGCAACGCACCAUACUCAAGCUAUAUGUUGUCCACGAAAUACAGUCAAGAGCAAUUGAACGCUUGAACCGAGAAAAAAGCCCUUCCUGGUUUUGCCCCUUCCCGCCGCAAUGCCGGCUCCCGAAGUUUGUCUUGAUUUUCCACUGCUCUCAGAGCAACGCAGUAAUGGCAGCAAGUACGCAGCGGGGCCGGACCCUGAAGUUGUCAGUGGGAGUUCAGACGCGCCUUCGCUGCCGGUCGCGCGGCAGGUCGCACGGUCGCAGGACGGCCUCAGGGCCGUCGCCUGCGUGCCACUGCAAAUGACCCAUGAAGGAUUCCUGGCUUCCCCAGACGACGACGGCCUGCGCGCUCUGGACGCGCGGCUACCUCGCGAGGUGCUCGCCGACAUUCUCGAAUCGCUGAACGCGGCCGCUCGCUCGCAUGCCGCGGCCUCUGCGCUGGUGUUCACAACACUCAUGGUGGCGACUGCAGCGCUGGCGGCACUGGUGCUUGUACCAUAUGAGCUGUACAAGGGCCGCAAGCGGCUGGCCGCGCUGGAGGACACCAUCAAGUCCCUCAACCAGCGCUACAGCCAGUACGGCAUACUGCUGCGCCGCCGUACACUGCCCGCCGGCGCAGUAGCCGCCGCCGCCGUCAGCAGCGGCCGUGCGCGGCCAACCGCCGCCGCCGCGGCGGCAGUGGCUGACUCAUCCGUUUACAGCUACAGCGACAGCGCCUUCCACUCCGCCUACAGCGGCGCCGGCGGCUUUGAUGACGGGCCGGCGGGGCCCAUGGCGGGCGCGGGUGAUGAGGUGUUUGGUGCGGGUGGCGGCAGCGCAGGUGGCGUGCUGCCGCCGGCAGGCGGUAGCGGCAGCUGGGAUGUGGAGCUGCAAGUCCUGUAUUGACCGGACCGGGCUGGGCCGGGCCGGAAUGGACACGACAAGAUGGAACAUACCAAACCACUAGACGUAGAACUUGUUGAUAUUGGGAGUGCGUGACUGGAGUGAAUGGCGUGAACCAGAAUGAGAGCACCGGCGUGAGUUGUGGGGAGCUGGCUGUCUGGGGGUGGCUUGCCGCGGCACCAUUGGCCAGCGGUGGUGGUGGACUUGUUGUGUGAGUUGAGGGCCUGAGAGGGCCCGAGAGGGCCAAGGGUGUGACGGGCAGAGGCAGGGGUAGAGGGAUAGCUAGAGGCGCAUACGGUACGCUCCAGACCGACCUGACCACUGACAGCUGGGAGCGCUGCCGACAGCCCCGGCCGCACCGCCGGCCGUGUGGUGCAGACCGUUGUGACAACUGCACUCGUCUCGAACAUGCAUUUUAUUUAAUGUUGGGUGAAACUAGCGUGUGUGUGAUUUGGGGACUUCGUCAGAGUGUCCAUCCGUCACGAGCCGCUGGGGCUUGUCUGAUGUCCGCUGUUGUUUCACUCGCUCAUUUCCAGACGGGGCCCAGUGGGAAGUAGGGGCCACAGUCCUCCACUCACUCGCACAUGGACUACCGGCAUUGUGUGACGUGAUCCGAGAGCCAGGUCCGACCCGGACCAAAGCAGUCAUGUUUGAUGCCUGUUGUCCGUUGUGACUGUUCAUUCUUUCCUCAGGGUGCGACUGCUUGGUGAGCCAAUCCCGUGUGCAUGCGGCGUGGCGUAUGUGGAGCACACUCCUGCCUGUGUGUUUUGGUGUGACGUGCUGGCAGGUGCACAUGCGUGCGGCGUACCGCGGACGUACGUAUGGCAGGUGUAAGUGUGUGUGUGUGUGGGAGGCCGGUAGCAUCUGAUGCGGUCUCAGGACCUAGUGCUGACGUGUAGGAUGGGUGGUGCGAGGCGGGGGGGGGGGUUGUAGAUACCAGCCCAUACUAAACCAAACGGGGGGUGGCGUGGGCCGCUCUCCCGUGGGGGGGGGGGGGUUGGCGUGGGACACUACCGUAUCAUGCUGGGAGCGGCUAGUGCUAGUAUUGUAUUCUUGUAUGUAUGUACAGUAGUGUGUAGGUUUGAAGCAGGUAUGUGUAUGUGUCCAGCGCAGCUGGUGCGCAGGUCAUGGAAACGGCGGCCCUGCCGCCCUGGUCUUGAGUGCACCCACGAAUCAGGACACGUGCCCUGCCCUGAUGUGCCCGCAUUGUGCUGGAGUGGCAGCGCUGACCACACGCCCACAGGCCUUUAUGUUACGCUAGCUGACGUGGUGGUGGCAACUGGCAGGGCAUGUAAGGUAGUGGUAGCUGCCUGGCUGGUGCUGGUGCUGGUGUUGUGGCGAGGACGUGUCGGAAGCUGCGCCCCGAGGUGCAUGGCCCGCCCAACGCCCGAGGUGCAACCCGAUGCAACACCCGCGAGUCGUCUGUACCGGACUACCGGUGGCCGGCAGUCUUGUUCAUUCGCGCCAGUGUGCUGUACGCAUCAUGCGCAGGUUGACACGGUGGUGUACUUGUAAUGGUGCUACCGU